AUGAGGGAAGAAAUGGAGGAGGUACUGAAGGAAAUGAGAGAUUUGGAGGUUGCUCUUCUGACGAAAACUGAUGCAUUGAAGUUGGCAGAAACACGAUUGGAAAAUCGUUUAUAUAGAGCUGGUGUUGAGCUAUGUUGCGACGAACCGGAAAAAGGACUAAAGGAAGAAGUUCUCCAACUUCGCCAAACCCGUAAAGAUUUACAAGACAAAAUCGACUGUGCUACAGCUACCUAUAACGCUUUGGAGGAGCAAAAAGUUAGAAUCGAUAAAAAUCUGGACGACAAAUGUAAGGGGCUAAUGACCGACAUUCGAUCUCUGGGAAUGAGAAUUAGACUGAGAACUGGAGAAUUUGGAGGUUCUGCAACUUCUAAUGAUCGAUAUAUACAGUUGACUAGAAUGGAGGAGAUUCCGCCUUCGUAA